CGUCUCUUGGUUUCUUCUUAGAUCACUCCUCCACUGAAGAUCCCAACAAGACAACAUGCCUCCCAAGAAGCCUGAGCCUAAGAAGGAGGCGGCCAAGCCAGCCCCAGCGCCAGCCCCUACGCCAGCCCUGGCCUCAGCCCCCGAGGCCCCCAAGGAAACUGCUUUUGACCCCAAGAGUGUAAAGAUAGACUUCAGUGCUGACCAGAUUGAAGAGUUCAAAGAGGCCUUUUCGUUGUUUGACCGGACCCCGGCUGGAGAGAUGAAGAUCACCUAUGGGCAGUGUGGGGACGUGCUGCGGGCCCUGGGCCAGAACCCCACCAACGCCGAGGUGCUGCGCGUCCUGGGCAAGCCCAAGCCCGAAGAGAUGAAUGCCAAGAUGCUGGACUUCGAGACGUUCUUGCCCAUCCUGCAGCACAUCUCCCGCAACAAGGAGCAGGGCACCUAUGAGGACUUUGUGGAGGGCCUGCGUGUCUUCGACAAGGAGAGCAAUGGCACGGUCAUGGGCGCUGAGCUUCGGCAUGUUCUUGCCACCCUGGGAGAGAAGUUGACUGAGGCUGAAGUGGAGCAACUGUUGGCUGGGCAAGAGGAUGCCAAUGGCUGCAUCAACUACGAAGCUUUCGUCAAACACAUCAUGUCCGGGUGAAGCAGAUUCCUCCAGGUGCCUGCCCUUGGCCUUGGCCGUACCAGGAUGAGUUAGUGAGAGGACCAGAGUGACUGUGCUGAGCUGAAGUCCUGGACUAUCGCGCCACAGCCCCAGGUCCUCCCAGGCCACGCCCCUCCCUGUGAAUAAACGCUCCAGCAAGGCUGGGCCAAGGUCCCUGG